GAGCAGCCUGCGCCUGGCACAGAGCGGCUCGCCCCUCUUCUCGUACCUCUUCCAAAGCACCCCCACCGGCAACCUCACCAACCCCAGAAGGCCCUCGGGCAGCACCUUCAUCAUGGGUCUCCAUCACGACCUAACCCUGUGGGUCUUCAUCACGACCCUCCUGAUGGAGGACUUCAGCAUGCUGCGGAGCGAGGGCCACUGCAAAGUCACUUUUAAAUCUGCUCCGUUUCGAAAUCCCGAACGGGCUGCGAGAGCCACGGGGCAGUCACGCAAUCAAGCUGAAACACAGAGCUACGUGCUUCAGCAGCGGCGGGAGAGGACGCAGGACCCGACGCACAGCGACACACAGACCGAGCGGGCCUACCAGAAGCAGCCCACCAUCUUCCAGAACAAGAAGCGGGUGCUGCUGGGCGAGGGGGGCAAGGAGAAGCUGCCCCGCUACUACAAAAACAUCGGCUUGGGCUUCAAGACUCCCAAGGAGGCGAUCGAGGGCACCUACAUCGACAAGAAGUGUCCCUUCACUGGUAAUGUCUCCAUCCGUGGCCGAAUCCUGUCAGGUGUGGUUACCAAGAUGAAGAUGCAGCGCACCAUCGUCAUCCGUCGGGACUACCUGCAUUACAUCCGCAAGUACAACCGCUUCGAGAAGCGCCACAAGAACAUGUCUGUGCAUCUCUCCCCCUGCUUCAGGGAUGUCCAGAUCGGGGACAUCGUCACCGUGGGAGAGUGCCGUCCCCUCAGCAAGACUGUCCGCUUCAACGUCCUCAAAGUCACGAAAGCUGCUGGUACCAAGAAGCAGUUCCAGAAGUUUUAAAAGCAGCAUAGGGAAAACAUGCGGGACAAAUAAAACUUGUGUAAAGACGUG